UUAAAGUGUAUAAACGCUUACCAUAUAGAAAUGGUUAAUAAUUUUGGCUUUUAUGCGUAGCUCCUCACAUUAAUUAGCAAUUAGGUGAAAAAAACAUUAAUACUCAAUUUAGAAGAAAAUAAACUAUCAUUUCCUAUGAUCUCUCACAGAAGAAAUGAUACAUGAAGAUAGAGGGUCAUGUUUCGUAUUUCAAAGAAUUAACAAUCACUUUAUUGUCAAUUUUAAUUGUUUAUUAAUAAGAAAACUUCUGUUUUGUUUAGAACGUUGAUCAUUCAGUCGUGUUUCAAGACGAAUCUAUAUACUCUGUAAUCCAUAUAUAUAUAGGAUUUGGGCGUAAAUAGAAAAAUGUUGAAUGUGACAUCAACUACAUGAAUGCUUGUGGCUAACAUAGGAUUUUCUGGAGUACUGAUCAGUUGCUUUGCAUUGAGGCCUCCGCAGCUACUAAUCCCGACCGUGCAGCAUACAGUUGCCAUCACUGCAAUGGAUCCUAGAAUCUAUAAAGCGGCAGCGGAAGGCAAGCUGAAGGACUUGGAACAUGAAAGCCCCGAUCCACUUGAUGGGUUUUUAACAGUUAAUCAAAAUACGAUCCUUCAUAUUUGCAUUUCAAGUAUCCUCGUUGAAGAAAUGUAUCCCACCACUGGAGGAACCGACUCAACCUCAGCGGCAGAAUUUGUGGAAGAUGUACUGGACAAGUGCCCGUCACUUUUAUUGAAAGCUAACGCAGAAGACGAUACUCCGUUACAUAUGGCGGCAAGGUAUGGGCAUGCUUCCAUUGUUAAAGUCCUGAUUGAACAUAAAAAAUCCCAAUGUCAAGAUCUCGAAAGUGGAGUCGUUGAAGCUACUACAGAGAUGAUUGGGAAACUGAACAAAGAGAGAGACACGGCCUUACAUGAUGCUGUGCGUCACAAUCACAUUGAAGUGGUAAAACAGUUACUAAUGGAGGUAGAUCCAAAAUUUUCGUUUGGUACUAAUGUUGCUGGUGAGACCCCACUUUACUUGGCUGCCGAGAGACAUUUUCCAGAUUUGGUGUCAGAAAUUUUAAACAAAUUCAAGUAUCCAGCUUAUGAUGGCCCCUUGGGUAGAACGGCUUUGCAUGCUGCAGCAUUUUGGGGUGAUGAAGGAAUGACCAAAAACAUUUCGGAAAGAUACGGACGCGAUCUAUGUAAACAAGCAGACCAAAAUGGUUGGACUCCGCUUCACAUGGCUGCAUACAUGAACAAUAUUGAGCCAACAAAACUAUUGCUGGAAUCUGAUAGAGAGGUAGCAUAUGUGACAGACGCAGAGGGUAGGACAGCUCUUCACAUUGCAGCUCAUUGCAACCACUCCACCGUAACAGAAGAGAUUAUAUCAAAGUGUCCGGAUUGUUGCGAAGUGGUUGACAAUGAAGGCCGUAAUGCACUCCAUCUCGCCGUGAUGACCAACUGGCGACCACAUGUUGCGCUAAUGAUCCAAGAUAAUUCGUCUCUCCGGAAUCUUUUGAAUCAGAAGGACAACGACGGGAAUACACCUCUCUAUUACUACUGCAAUUCUUUUCGGUACCACGAGCGUGUCCUGAAUUCUCCAAGAGUUGAGAAAAUGGUCUUCAACAAAAAGAACCAGUAUGCUUGUCAGGUCUUACGUCAAAGCUGUCAAAAUGUUCAUGAUCAAUUUAAGAAGAUGAAGAACCUUUUUGGAGACAUAGAAGAUUAUAAUCUCUUUCACAGUGGACGAGUAUUAGAAGUCGGGUUUGGUGCCAUUAAUAUGAAGGAGCCGAACUUGGAGGAUGUGAAGUUGAAGGAGAGGGAGAAAAAGAUGAAAGAGGAGGAGAAAGCAGCUCAAGCCCAUUUGGUAGUUGCUGUACUCAUUACAACCGUGACUUUUGCUGCUGGCAUUACCAUGCCCGGGGGCUUCGUUGGAGGAGAUGAUCAUGCACUUUCAGGCAUGGCAGUUUUGAGGAAAAGUGUUGCGUUCAAAGCAUUCAUCAUUACAGAUACCCUAUCAUUGAUGCUAUCUAGUUCGGCUGUCUUUAUCCACUUAUUUAUUCCGCUUAUCCCUUCUGGAUCCAUCUUCAAAAAGCGCACGAGUUUUCUUCAAAUGGCCUUUCGGUUCCUUCUGUCCUCCAUGGUACCAAUGAUUUUGGCAUUUGUCACAGGUACAUAUGCUGUAUUAGAGCAUUCAAAUAUUGCCAUUCCUACUUGUAUUAUUUGCUUAUCCUUUGUUCCUAUCCUUGUUUAUAUAUUUAUGAAAUUAUGGUGGUCAGCUCUUUGAUUUAAGUUUUAACCAAUAUGCAAAGAUGUUUCUGAUCUAAUCAAUAAAAAUAUUAUGAGUA